CGAAAUAUCAAGGCAUCAGGUGGGAUAUUUCAGUCUUCACACACACACACACACACACACACACAUAAACACACGUAAAUACACAUAAGGACACACAAACACACAUUUAUAACUAUAUAUCAAAAUAUAGUUGUACGCAUAAACAUAUAGACACACACAUAUAGUGUGUGUAUAUAUAUAUAUGACAUACAUGCAUAUGACAUGAAAUAAUGAGCAAGAAUUCCGUAAACGCUACGUGGCAAACAGACUGGGCCGCGCGUGGGAGAGACCGGAUCGAUUUUUUCCUCAGCAUAUCACUCGCGAGAUACCAAGGCAUCAGAACCUGCAAGGCAGCCAUGAAGGAGCGACGUCUACUACUCGCGACAUCCGUGGGGCUGCUGAUCAUUGUCUUUCUUCAAGUGGGGCUGGAGAAGUCCUUCAGGAGGAGCCCGCCUCCUGCUGUCCUCAAGAGUGCCGUAGAAAACCCGACGUUGAAGGACAGCUGUUUCGACUACGUGAAUUUUACCGCCGAGAACGUCUGCUGCAAGAUGCGGAAGUACACGGCGGGGGACGUGCUGCGCUGCGUCGAGCGGUUCAGUGCAGAGCAAAGACUACAACGCAAAAAGGCAGCAAACAUCUUCCGAGCCAACUCGACCGCCUUGCCUGCAGUGACCCACAUUGCCCUGGUGGGAGACUCUCACAUGAGGAACCUGUUUGUGUCUGUCGCCGAGCGUAUUGGUAGUGACAAGCUGCAAUUCAGAAUGAAGUCUGAAAAGGACGUCUGGCGGGAAGCAAAGGGGGUGUUGAAAACAAUGCAUUUACAGCAGUUCAAAUACACUUCAGAGGUGCGACACGUGAGCGCCCCUUUCCGAGUCACCUGGUACGCGGACUGGAAGCUCGACGGUUUCCCCGAACUGAUUCAUCGGUGGGAGACGAACCAGGAGCUCAGGCCUUCGCUGGUCAUUACAGGAGGGGGGCUGCACUGGAUGCAGCACCACCCCCCUCCCACGGGUGAUCCUUUCAGGAAUUUCCUCACCACCCUUGCGCCUCACCUCACCCGCCUCGCCUCCUCCGUGCCCGUCUAUUUCAAGCUCAUCGAUUAUGUGCCGAGAUCAUAUACCGAGGUUAACAGAUAUCCGGACUUUAACCCAAAAGCCAUUACCCUGUACAAUUCCAUAGCAAGACAACAGUUACAGGGAACCGGCGUGGUCAUCUGGGACAGCACGCUAAAGCUGUCGCUUGCCUAUACUGAAGAGUGCGUUAGAGUCAGGAGGGUCACGCCAGACAACUAUGAGUGGAACUGCGCAGACCACGGACACAUAGGAUACAUCAUGCUGGAACAGUAUACUGACAUGAUAUACAAUGUUUUUUGUAACAGGUUUCUAAACUUGACUGAGGAAUAUUGUAACACUGGAAAUGAUUGAAGAAAGAAAUGUCGAUAUCCUGUGCUUUAAUGUGCAAUAUGGUGUAGUGAUAGCGAUCUUGUCUAGUAAUUUUGCUGACCUGCAAUCAAAUCCCUCACCGCCAGCGGAUGGUAACCCCGGCCAUUCCUUGCACAGAGGGGGUAAUUUAGAAGCAAAAUGAAACAAACAGCAUGUUACACCAAGAAUAUCCAAUUAAACAAAUGGAAUAAAACUAAAUAAUUAAUUAUUAUUAUUAUUGUAGUGAAACCUAGCUUCAAGAGAUCCCAAGCAAUUCCAUUAAUAUUCCAAAUUUUCACAUUUAUAGAUAAGCUGCAGGUUUGACAUUCGGGUUCAGCAUGUAAGGGAGAGAUACCCGA